AUGGAAAUUGGGUCGGAGCCUAUCCAGCACUUUGCCGCUGGGCCAGUUUCCGCAGAGGUUCUAGAAGCUGGUGUACUCCUCUGCAACGACGACAACCACUUCCCGUGUAAUGGGCCUACUUUGGCUCACUACUUUAGCUUACACGCGUAUUACUUCAACCAGAGAUACUACAUCGUCCGGGACGACAAUGUGCAUGGAUUGAAGGUGAACGCGAGCCGAACAAAGACCUAUGAGAGAUCGGUCAGCGGAUCCCUCAAGGAUGAUGAAAUUGUGGAGAAUGUCCAGUUUCGAUACCUCUCACUGCACAAGGUGGCGGUGUUGGAUCGACUUCCGUAUGAGCACGACUGGAACUCUCCGUUGUGGUCCCUGGAGGAGAUCAACACCAUCAGAAAAAAAUUCAAGUGUGACUGCAAAGAUUUCUACCAGACGAGGUGGCUGUGUGCUCAUGUACUAGCAUGCCUUCACCUCGUUGACAAUCUUGAUUUGACGGUGAUGCUUCGUGGGCUCCCAACUCGCAGGCCUCCCGGUAGACCGCGCAAGAAAAGCAAAUGCCUCCAGUGA